UUUUCUAAAAAAUAAAAGUUAUUAAAUGAAAAAAAAAUGUUGUUACCAGAUCAAUUCUGACACUUGGGAUGAGGAGGAAUUUCAGAUCACCUCCUCUCUUUCUCCUCCACAGAAUCUCCCACCUCACUCAGAGAGCUUCUCAUCUCCCUGAUUCCAUAGGGAAAAGCAAUUCAGAGCAAGACACUUCUGCAGUUUUACUCUUCACAACGUAAUUCUCCCUUCAGACACAAAAUGCCAGUAUUUCACUGGACUGUGAAUGAGUGGUCUCCAGUGCUGCCUCUGACCCUCUUCAAGGGGUCAAUAACAUUCAAGGAUGUGGCUGUGGACUUCACCCAGGAGGAGUGGGGCCUGUUGGACCAUUCUCAGAGAGAGCUGUACAGGGAGGUCAUGCUGGAGAAUGUGCAGAAUCUACUCUCUGUGGGUCUUCCAGUUCCUAGAGAAAUUUUUAUCUCCUGUUUUCAGCAAGGGGAAGCACCAUGGCUGCUAGAGCAAGAAGGCCCAAGAAGCUCCUGUCCAGAGGCUGAGAUGAAUUUUGAAGUAAAUGAGAUGACUACAGAGCUGAGCCUUUUUGUGGAAGGAUGUGGCCCCCAAAGAUACACGAAUGAGGGUUUCUGUGACUUCAUUUUGAGAGAAAUCUGUGACUCUAAUAUCAAAGUAAAUAAAAAUCCAGAGAGUGACUGUGAAUUUGAUGAGACUACAGAGAAAUUCAGCCAAUAUCCAGUCCUAAAUCAGUAUAUGAAAUUGACCUCAGGAAAUGACUGUUAUCAGAAUAGUGAAUACAGCAACUGCUUUCCUGAAGAAGUAGGACUUAAUCAGUCACUUGAGAAACCUCCUGAAAUGUUCAUGUAUCAAGGUAACCUAGGGGGAAUGGACUUUGGCUGGAGUUUAGACCUCAUUAGACAUCCAGAAAAUAAAUUUGUAACGAUGGCUUCUAUGAGUAAUAAAAGUGGGAAACCUAGUCAGAACUCUGAGCUUGCUGCACAUCAAAUAAUCCACUCUGGAGAGAAACCUUAUGAAUGUCAACAGUGUGGAAAGGCAUUCACAGAUAGGGGCUCUCUUGUUAAACAUCAGAGAAUUCACACCGGAGAGAAACCUUAUGAAUGUAAACAAUGUGGAAAGGCUUUCACAGUUAAGGGCUCUCUUGACAGACAUCAGACAGUCCACACUGGAGAGAAACCUUAUGAAUGUCAACAGUGUGGAAAGGCUUUCACAGAUAGGGGCAAUCUUGCUGUACACCAGAGAAUCCACACUGGAGAGAAGCCUUAUCCUGAGACCCUGCCUAAGCCAACAGCAGGUAAGUCUCAAGCCCUGGUCCAAGGCAUCCCAGCAAGAGGCUCUAAGCCCUGGCAAGACAGUCCGCAGUGCUGGCCUAUGGAAGCCCAGACCAAGCAAAAUAGCCAGAGCAUCGGGUAA